AUGGCUGAGGCGGGAAACGGGGCCGCAGGUUUUGGACUUCUGGGAGAAGUGUCACAGUGGCCUCUGCAGCGUUAUGGACGCUUCAUGCUCUCGGCUGCAGAAGAGUCGCCUGGGCCUGGCCCGGAAGCUGUGACAGCGCCCUCUCCCACGUGGAAGGUUUUUGAUUCCAAUGAAGAAUCUGGGUAUCUUGUUCUCACCAUAGUUAUAUCGGGUCACUUCUUCAUUUCCCAAGGACAGACGCUACUGGAAGGGUUUUCACUCAUUGGUAGCAAGAACUGGCUGAAGAUUGUGAGACGCAUGGAUUGCCUGUUGUUUGGAACAACGAUAAAGAACAAGAGCCGCAUGUUUCGUGUCCAGUUUAGUGGAGAGUCCAAGGAGGCAGCACUGGAACAUUGCUGCAGAUGUGUGCAGAGCCUGGCCCAGUACGUCACCGUGCAGGUGCCAGACACAGUCACCCAGGAGCUCUGGUCAGCAGGUGAAAGCCAAGGGAAGGACUGUGCGAAGAGUGUCCCGCUGCAGCCCAGGCCCCACCUAAAUCUGGAACAGCAGGCGUGUGUGGCAGCCAGGACAGGUGAACUAGAGGGACGGACCUCAGUGCCACGUUUAGCUCAGACUAUCCUGGCCUCAGAGGAGCUGCCUCCUGUCUAUGAACAACCCACAUGGGGUGCAGAAGAAUUAGGCCCCUUUCUACGCCUGUGCCUCAUGGAUCGAAACUUCCCUGCAUUUGUAGAAGAGGUAGAAAAAGAACUUACAAAGCUGACGGGGUUGAGGGAUUAAUGCUCCAUGUAUAUUAACUAUGGAACGUUAAAGAAUACAUUAGAAUAAAGAAUAUUAUUCCAAACCAUUUUAUCAAUAUUUUAUUGUUAAAAACAGGUGGAUCCACUUUUUAUACAG